AUGCCUCUCCGCCCUCAUAUUGGACUCGGCUUCCCAGCUCAUGCUUACCAAAAACGUCAUGUAGAACCUCAUGAUCGCUCUACUGGGUACCAGCCCAAGGUUCGAAUCACUGACCGUUAUCGUAUCAUCGGUUUUAUUAGCUCCGGUACAUAUGGACGAGUCUACAAAGCAGUCGGUCGCAAUGGUAAGCCCGUCGGCGAAUUUGCUAUCAAGAAGUUCAAACCCGACAAGGAAGGAGAGCAGAUCAGCUACACGGGCAUCUCCCAGAGUGCUAUUCGUGAGAUGAGUCUAUGCAGCGAACUUCAUCACAUCAAUGUCAUCCGCCUUUGCGAGAUUAUGCUGGAGGAUAAGUGUAUCUUUAUGGUAUUCGAAUAUGCAGAGCACGACUUGUUGCAGAUCAUCCAUCACCACACUCAACAGCCGAGGCAUCCAAUUCCUCCUGCUACUAUCAAAAGCAUCAUGUUCCAACUUCUCAAUGGAUGUCAAUACCUACAUAUAAAUUGGGUUCUGCACCGAGAUCUCAAGCCCGCCAACAUCAUGGUUACUUCUUCGGGAGAGGUUAAGAUUGGUGAUCUGGGUCUUGCACGUCGUUUCGACAAACCUUUGCAUUCACUUUUCAGUGGAGACAAAGUUGUCGUGACUAUAUGGUAUCGCGCUCCCGAACUCAUUCUUGGUUCUUAUCAUUACACACCAGCUAUUGAUAUGUGGGCUGUCGGCUGUAUCUUCGCUGAGCUCCUAUCCUUGCGGCCUAUUUUUAAAGGCGAGGAAGCCAAGAUGGACAGCAAAAAGACUGUCCCCUUCCAACGUAACCAGAUGCAGAAGAUCAUUGAGAUCAUGGGCGUUCCUACUAAAGACAAGUGGCCUCUUCUUCCAACCAUGCCCGAAUACAAUCAGCUCAACACUCUAGCCAACUCUAUGGCGUCAUCUCAUCACGGCCACCACAGCCAUCACCCACAUCACCACGGCCACUAUGGCUCCCGGAAUCCGCCCCCACCCCUACCGGGUGGUUCAAAUCUUGAAAAGUGGUAUUUCAGUACCAUCAAUCACACCAGUACCCCCGGCGGUCAACCGCCACUUGCUUCUCUCGGCCAAGAAGGGUAUAAGCUGCUCGCUGGACUCCUCGAGUAUGAUCCUUCGAAGCGCCUCACUGCCGCCCAGGCUCUUCAAUCGCCAUUCUUCAGCACCGGCGACCGCGUCAGCGCGAAUUGCUUCGAGGGCUGUAAGAACGAGUAUCCAUGCCGACGAGUGAGUCAGGACGACAACGAUAUCAGGACCAGUAGUCUUCCCGGAACGAAGAGAAGCGGAUUGCCUGAUGACUCCCUCCUACGAUCAGCUAAAAGGUUGAAGGAGUAA